GAAGAAACUUUGAGUAUGGCUUCUAGUUUUGAGGUUGAUUGUGGCUCAGACUCAGAGAAAGAGAAGACAGAGAAUGAAGAGUGUCCGGUGAAACAAGUGGAACUGACUGUGCCUAAAACUGAUGACCCGAACAUGCAGAUUCUGACGUUUAGAAUGUGGGUUCUGGGGGUUCUUUCAUGCGUGUUGUUGUCCUUUGUCAACCAGUUUUUCUGGUACAGGACGCAGCCUUUGCUUGUUACCUCUGUUUCUGCUCAGAUUGCUGUGGUUCCUAUUGGCCACUUCAUGGCAAGGACUUUGCCGACACGUGUGUUCUUCAAGGAUACAAAGUUUGAGUUCUCACUCAACCGGGGACCUUUCAACAUCAAAGAACAUGUUCUCAUAACCAUCUUUGCCAAUUCUGGUGCUGGAACUGUCUAUGCAACUCAUAUUUUGAGUGCAGUCAAGCUCAUGUAUAAAAGAAAGCUUGAUUUCCUUCCUGCCUUACUAGUCAUGUUAACUACUCAGGUUCUGGGGUUUGGCUGGGCAGGACUAUUCCGGAAAUUUCUAGUUGAGCCAGGGGAAAUGUGGUGGCCUUCUAAUCUGGUUCAAGUCUCAUUAUUCAGUGCUCUGCAUGAGAAAGGCAAGAGGCCAAAAGGAGGCACAACACGAACCCAGUUUUUCCUGCUUGUCUUGGUCUCAGGCUUGGCUUACUAUGUGUUUCCUGGCUAUAUGUUUUCAAUGCUGACAUCUUUCUCUUGGAUUUGUUGGGUUGCCCCCAAGUCCAUUCUUGUCCAACAACUUGGUUCUGGCUUGAAGGGUCUUGGAAUUGCAUCAUUUGGAUUUGAUUGGUCUACCAUUUCUUCUUACCUGGGAAGUCCAUUAGCCAGCCCUUGGUUUGCUACUGCUAAUAUUGCUGUUGGGUUUUUUCUUAUAAUGUAUGUGAUGACACCAAUUUCUUACUGGUUUAAUGCCUAUCAUGCCAAGACUUUUCCAAUAUUUUCAAGUAAGCUGUUCAUGGGAAACGGUUCCCGGUAUGACAUUUCAACUAUUGUCGACUCCGAUUUCCAUCUUGAUCGGCAUGCCUAUUCAAUCAACGGGCCUGUGCAUCUCAGCACAUUCUUUGCAAUGACAUAUGGCCUUGGAUUUGCAGCACUUUCUGCUACCAUUGUGCAUGUUCUGCUCUUUCAUGGGAGGGAAAUAUGGAAUCAAAGUAAAAUGGCCUUUGGAAACAGUAAAAAAGUAGACAUACACACAAGACUCAUGAGAAGAUACAAAUCAGUCCCAAUGUGGUGGUUUUACAUCAUUCUAGUAGUGAACAUCGCUCUUAUUAUAUUUAUUUGUGAGCACUACAAGGAAUCACUCCAGUUGCCUUGGUGGGGUGUGUUGCUAGCUUGCGCAAUUUCCAUUUUCUUUACUCUUCCAAUCGGAAUAAUAAAUGCGACAACAAAUCAGCAACCCGGUUUAAACAUCAUAACAGAAUACAUAAUUGGUUACAUGUAUCCAGAGCGCCCUGUGGCUAACAUGUGCUUUAAGGUGUAUGGCUACAUCAGCAUGACUCAAGCACUAACCUUUUUGCAAGACUUCAAACUUGGACACUAUAUGAAGAUUCCUCCAAGAACAAUGUUCAUGGCACAGGUUGUAGGAACAGUGUUAUCAGUAUUUAUAUACACAAUAACAGCAUGGUGGUUGAUGAGAACGAUCCCUAACCUUUGUGACACCAACAUGUUGCCUCCUGAUAGCCCUUGGACUUGCCCAAUGGACAAUGUGUUCUUUGAUGCAUCAGUUAUAUGGGGUCUUCUUGGACCACGAAGAAUCUUUGGAGACCUUGGUGAAUAUUCCAAAGUGAAUUUCUUCUUCCUUGGUGGAGCUAUUGCUCCCUUUCUGGUUUGGCUUGCUCACAAGGCUUUUCCUGGGCAAAAGUGGAUAACUCUAAUUCACAUGCCCGUGUUGUUGAGUGCCACAUCAAUAAUGCCCCCUGCAACAGCUGUCAACUUCACUAGUUGGAUACUGCUUGCAUUUCUCUCAGGGUUCGUUGUAUAUAGAUAUAGACAACAAUGGUGGAAACGCUGCAAUUAUGUACUGUCUGGUGGUCUUGAUGCUGGAACUGCCUUUAUGACAAUCUUACUGUUUCUUGCUUUGAACAACAACAACAUUUCACUUAACUGGUGGGGAAAUAAUCUUGAAGGCUGCCCCUUGGCUACUUGUCCCACUGAGAAAGGCAUUGUCGUUAAAGGUUGUCCCAUUCACUGAUUAUUAUUGUAUGAUAGUGCAAGCAAUAUACUCUGACAAUAGCAGCCACCUUUCAACAAACUAUUUUUAUUGGUUAAAAUUUGUUAAAAACUACAAAGUUAGAGGUGGAAAUCUUAGAUUUUAUUGUUUGGCUA